CUAUAUACUGGUUGUCGACUCUAUGUCCUUCGCUGCAUGACUUGGGUUCGAAAUAGGAAUGCCCAUGGCUCACCUACUCAUGGAGCUCCUUCUGCCUCGGAAAAAGGAUCGGACACAGCUCAGUAAUUAUUGAAGCUAUAUGCAAUGCAACGGUGAAGAAUUGCCGCGCUUGGCUUGUACUGCGUUUCGCUACAUACAGACACCAUACGAGAGAAGGAAUAUUGGACUCUCACUGAAAUGAUGCCAUUUCAACCCCACUCUGGCAAUGCGGCCUAAUUCCAAGUUACCCUUGAUGCAUAAAAGGGCUCUCAUGCAGUAUUUAAUCUUCCGCUGAAAACUUUGCUUUUGUACCCAUGAUGAAGUUCUUGAUCACUUCCACCGUCGCUGCCCUCGCUACGUGCGCCAUCGCUACGUCUUACAGCCUCUCUUAUGAUACCAACUACGAUGAGGCAUCCAACUCACUUGACACGGUGGCCUGCUCAGACGGCUCCAAUGGCUUGGAGUCGCGUGGCUACACCACUUUCAGCUCUAUUCCUAACUUCCCUUACAUCGGUGGUGCACCCCAGGUCACUGGCUGGAACUCAGCAUACUGUGGGUCGUGCUGGGAAAUCACUUACACCAGCCCAUCGGUGACCACUACCAAAUACGUUACCGCCAUUGAUGUCGGUGAUGAGGCACUAGAUGGGUUCAACUUGUCGCUGGAGGCUAUGAACGGUCUCACGGGCGGACAGGCUGAGUUUUUGGGGCGCGUCACUGUCACGGCCACCCAAGUUGAUGAAAGCAAUUGCGGUCUGUGAGACCGUGAAAUUAGGGUGUGCGAGGCAAAUGGUUGUUGGAGUCGAUGAGUUUUUUUUGGACAUCUUCGACUUUCAUGUACAGACAGCAUGGACACUCGCAGAAACAUUAAU